AUGGUUGGGCCAAAAGUGGACUGGCAAAGAAAAAAAGAUCAUCCGACGAGGGCAUUUCCGUCAUUAAAUUGGAAGUUGAGAAGUCUCAACCUCGAGUUCAUCGGGCAGCACUUUUUCUGCUCCCUGGUCAUUUCUCCAUCCUCAGGGAAGAGAAUAUUUUUCGGUGUUUCCCAAAAUGGCCCUGGAGAGGCAGGCGGGGGGACGGAGUACAGCUGGUGCAGGGCCGUCACCGGCGGCACCGGCAUCACCGUCAUGGCGAUCCUCCUCUCCCGCCCGCCGGAGCCCGCCAGGCUCGAGAACACGCUCCGCCGGAUCCAAUCGCGCCACCCGCUGCUCCUCGCCAGGCUCCAGUGGACCGACCGCAACCCGACCCUCUCCCUCUCCCCCACGCCCUAUCUCUCCGUCGAGGUAAUCGAUUCCGGGGCGACCUCGGGCGUCCUUCAGAGCUCAGACGCCGGAGAUCCCUUCCACGCCCUCCUGGAGCACGAGCUCAACAGGAACUCGUGGCCGGAGACUCGGAUCGAGACCCCUGCCGCCCUUUUCUUCGCGACGGUCUACCAGCUGCCGGAUUCCAGGGCGAUGCUCGCCCUCCGGCUCCACACGGCAGUAUGCGAUCGGGUGUCGGCGGUGGCGAUCCUGUGCGACCUCAGGCGGAUGUACGGCCAGGAGGCUGCGGCCAGCGAGACGGCGGGCGGGGGAGAGGAGAAAAAUGGGAAUGAGGAGGCGGGAGAGGUGCCGGGGGCGAUCGAGGAGAUGGUGCCUCAGGAGAAGGCGAGGAAGCCGUUCUGGGCGCACGGGGUGGACCUGCUGGGCUACUCCCUCGGCUCCAUGAGGUUCAGCAACCUCGACUUCCAUGACACGACGUCUGCUCGGGCGACUCGGAUGGUUCGCUUGCAGAUGGACCGGGACGACACGCAUAGGCUUCUAGAGGCAUGCAGGGAGAGAGGUGUCAAGCUGGGUAUCGCGCUGGCAGCGGCGGCAUUGAAGGCGGCGAACAACUCCAAGGAGGAGGGGAGCAGGCCUCAAAGUGAGAACUAUGCUGUCGUCACCAUCGUCGACUGCCGACCGAUUCUGGCGCCUCCCCUCCAAGCUGAUGACACAGGUUUCUAUCACUCAGCAAUCUUAAACACACAGAGUGUGAACAGCCAGGAGGAUGUGUGGGAGACGGCAAAGAGAUACUUCGACUCCCUCUCAAACGCAAUGAGGUGCAACAAGCAUUUCACUGACAUGGGAGACCUCAACUUCCUUAUGUGCAAGGCCAUUGACUACCCUCCUGCGACUCCCUACUCUUCCAUGAGGACCUCAUUCAUUGGUAUCUUCGAAUCGCCAAUAAUUGAUGACGAUGACAGUGUCAAUGAAUCAUGUUCGGAAAUAGGUCUGGAGGACUAUGUCGGCUGCUCAUCGGUUCACGGCGUUGGUCCGUCCAUUGCAUUCUUCGACACCAUCAAAGGUGGCAGGCUGGAUUGUGCAUGUCUUUAUCCUUGGCCUCUUCAUUCUAGGGAGCAAAUGGAGCAGCUGGUUGCGAACAUGAAGACCCUUCUCAUAGCCAGUGCUUGAAGGAUGAUGGGGCGAGCGCUGGUGGUUACUCAAGCAAGGGUCAGUGGAAUUAUUGUGAGAUUAGAGGAGUCUAAAUACGACCAUAAAGUAUGGUAGUGAAUAUUGGGUGCCAAAUAAGCUUAUUAUGUGACAUGACAAGUAUAUUUCAUCAUACAAAAAGCAGAAGCCCCUAGCUUUC